AUGUCAGGAGUUAUUUACUGUUUGCCAGGCUCGCCAAGAAGUUCGCUUUUCCCCCAGCUCAUCAAGUACACGGGGCUUGACAUCGAGGUCAAGGACCCUUCUGCUGCCUGUUUUGCCGAGAACUUCCCGCUGAAAAAGUGUCCUGCGUACAAACAGAACGACGGCUUCAAACUCACCGAAACCCUCGCCAUUCUCAAGUACCUCGUGGACCAGGUGCCUGGAAAAUACAACUGGUUCGGAAAGACCAAGCAGGAGGAGGCCAAGGUCUGGCAGUGGCUGUCGUUCGUCAACAGCGACUACGUGAGCGCUCUGUGCGACUGGGCACUGCCUUCGUUUGGUGUUUUGCCGUACGACAAGCAGAGAAUCGAGCGAGGCGUCGCCAGUCUCGACAAGCUCACGUCUCUGCUGGAAGACCAGUUGCACAAGACGAAGUAUCUUGCCGGCGACGAGGCCACGCUUGCCGACAUCUACGCCAUCCAGGCGGUGAAAGUGUGCUACGGCAGUCUGUGGGAAGAGUCGUGGGUUAAGGAGCACCCGGCCGUUGCCAGAUGGGUGCAGCAGCUGAAGGAGGACCCGACAAGGAGAUCCGCGGAGUUUGUGAAGCCGGCAAAGCCAGACUCACCAGUAGUGGACCUAAAUAGCACAAACGUAGAUCUUGCUGCGCCACACAGUAGUCCGGCCCGAGCUAUCGAUGCUGUUUUCGGAAACAGCCACUUUCUGCAGCUGGAUAUGCACAACCCAGGAUUUGGGAAAUUCGUGGCUGAUGCGUCUCUCGGCUGA